UCAGCGUGCAGCAGAGCUGUAAAGGACGGCAACAAAAGCCAAUCAGCGAAUCUUCUCUCUUCCGGCACACGCACUCCCGCCACCCAGGUCGCGGCCGUUACUGGUGGCGCGCGCGGGGACUCAAAGUAGGUGAGUUCUGGGGGCCUCGCCCCCGGCUUCCCGGGGUGCCAUUUUCGUUUCCCCGGAGGGCGAGAGGGGCGUGCCUUGGGAGCGACUGGGCGGAGACGAUUCGGAAUUUGCUUCGGGGAUUAUGAUGUUCAUCCGUUCCUGACGUCCAGCUCAGAGUUUAGAUCAUGGAGGACACCCAGGUUAUUGACUGGGAGGCUGACGAAGAGGAGGAGACAGAGCAAUCCACUGAAUCUGUGGGAUGCCACUUGGAGCCCCUAGGGCGACUGCAUAUCUUCAGCAGUGCCCAUGGACCAGAAAAAGAUUUCCCGCUAUACCUCGGGGAGAAUGUGGUAGGCCGGAUGCCUGACUGUUCUGUGGCCCUGCCCUUUCCAUCCAUCUCCAAACAACAUGCGGUGAUUGAGAUCUUGGCCUUGAACAAGGCACCUAUCCUCCGGGAUUGUGGGAGCCUCAAUGGUACGCAAAUCCUGAGGCCUCCUAAAGUCCUGAGUCCUGGGGUAAGUCAUCGUCUCAGGGACCAGGAGUUGAUUCUCUUUGCUGACUUACCCUGCCGGUACCAUCGCCUGGAUGUUCCCCUGCCUUUUGCCUCCCGGGGCCCUCUAGCUAUAGAGGAGACACCCAGGGUCCAGGGAGGAACUCGACCCCAGGGGCUUCUGUUGGCUGAGGACUCAGACGGGGAAGUAGAUUCUCUUUCUGAAAGCUGUGUGGUGAAAGAUUCAAGGACUACGUCCUCCCCUUUGGCAACAGUAGUCCCAGAGAGUGAUGAAGAAGGGGCUUCCUCUGCCCGAGAUGGCCCUGGGGUACCUUUUGCCUUCAGCUUGAACAGUGACACAGAUGAGGAAGAAGGUCAGCAGCCAGCAUCAAGGCAGGCCUCCUCGGCUGCCAGAAGAGGUGCCCCUGCAGAGCCAGAGCAGUCUGAUGUUGAUGGAGUCACAGCUGAACUCCAGCUUGAAAAGGAUCAGCCUUUAGCGAAGGAAAGGGACAGUGACACAAAAGUUGAGAGGGAUGCAGGCAAUGUAGUGGUUCCAGUUGGAGUGAUUCUGGAGAGAAACCACCCUGUUGGGGAGGACAGUGACACAGAUGUGGAUGAGGACAGCAGGCCUCCAGGAAGACCACCUGAGGGCCAUUUGGAAAGGGGCCAGCUUUCCGGCUUCAUCGACAGUGAUACCGAUGUGGAAGAAGAGGGGAUCCCUGCAACCCCAGCUGUAGUUCCGAUGAAGAAGAAGCAAAUCUUCUAUGGAGUUGGUAUGCAUGGUCUUAGAGUGCCCACCUUGGCACAUCUGCAGAAGAGCCAGGCUGGUGGUGAUGCAGAUGUGGAGCAGGGCGAGGCCCCAGUGGUGGUCCGUUUGGAGAGAAGCCAAGGCUCCAUGGUGAUCAACAGUGAUACAGAUGACGAGGAAGAAGUCUUAGCAGCACUCACCUUGGCACGUCUGAAAGAGAGCCGAGCUGUGACCCACCACAGAGAUACAGAUGUGGAAGAGGACAGGUCCCCACCUGUGGUCCUUUUGGAGCGAAGCCAAACCUCUACUGAGAGAGACAAUGGCACAGAUGUGGAGAAGGAGGAGAGAUGCCCAGUGGAAAAGAGACAGACUAUCCUCAAGGGUCCCACAGACAAGGAUGGAGCCCUUGUUAUUGCACAUUCAGGAAAGAGCCAACCUCCUCUUAGGGAUGAUGAUAUAGAUAUGGGGGAAGAGAAGGGCUCACCUGGGGCCCACCUGGAGAGACGCCAAGCCUUCACCACAAUGGACAUCAGUACAGAAGUGGAGGAGGAUGUCUCAUUAGAGCCAGCUGUUACACAUCUGGAGAAGCAUCAGGUACCUGUGGAGGGGACAAAUCAAACAGAUAUGGAAGCAGAAGGGAGCCCAGCAAAGCUGCCUGUGGUGUACCUAGAGGAAGCCUGGCCCCCUCCAGAUGAGGACUGUGAAACAGAUGAGGAGGAGGACAUGUCCUUCAUGGCCUCAGCAUUGGUACAUGUAAGAAAGAGCCAGCUUCCGGCAGAAGGGGAUGCUGGGACGGAGUGGGCUGCAGCUGUUAAGCGGGAGAGAGUUCUUGAGGCAGGGACCCAGGGUGGGUCACCUGUGGCACAAGUGGAGCAGGACCUUCUCCCUGUCUCAAGGGAGAACCUAACAGAUCUGGUGGUGGACACAGGCACUCCAGGGAACGCCACCCAGCCACAUAGAGAGGGAGCCCAGACCCCUACAGAAAGGGAGAGAGAACCAUAUGCAGACAGGACCAAGGACUCUAAAGACAGCCAUGAUGAUUCUGAAGAUCUGGACCUACAAGCUACUCAGUGCUUUGUGGAAAGAGAGAAUCCGAGCCUAGAAGCAAUCAAGAGCAUGGAGGAAGAACCCACCCGGGCCUUCCUGUUUACUCUACCCCAAGAAGAGACUGGCCCUUCCCGUUGCAGCUUCCAGACUCCAGGUACCCUGGAUGAGCCAUGGGAGGUCUUGGCUACACAGCCAUUCUGUCCAAGAGAGUCAGAGACCUCUGAGACCCAGCAUAUUGCUGUCCACCUUGAGGCCCAUGGAAAUUGUCCCUCUCCACCCAGGGCAACUCCACAAGACCAACAUCCAGAGAGCACAGUUCACACAGAGUCACUGGGGAUUCAAGGCAGAGGGAUUCAUACUGAGGAGAAAGUCCUGGAUACACCAAGAGAAACAGCAGGAAGGGUGACCCCUGAGAGAGAGCCCUUGGAGAGGGAAGCUAAGGAACUGCCACCAGAAGGAGAGAGAGAAGAUGAGACAGGAGAGGAAGAAUUAACCAGGGGACUACAGGACAGGGAACAAAAACAGGUGUUAGCUAUAGACCUGCAGAGACAAGAGUCUGAUACAAAGCUGAAAAGUGCAAAUACUGAAAGGGAUGUGAAGAGUUCGAAGGUAGAAAUGGAGACAAGAGAAAUAUUUGAGAGAGAAGCAGAGAGACUAGCACCAGAGAGAGUGAACAAGCCAGCAGGGUUAGAAGUAAAGGUACCCAAAGAGGUACUGGAGGAGACAGGCACACAGAGAGGGGAGGCCGAGGGCAGCAGGAGCCAGGACCAGAAAGGGGAGGCCUCCCUUCCAACACCAGAGCCUGGAGUGGGGGCGGGGGCCCUUCAAGAACUGGCUUCAGCCCCAGUAGCUUCUGGCAGCCAGUCAGGUAGAGGAAGGGGAGCCCCAGUGAGCCCCAGGAGGCAGCGGAGAGGUCGUUUGAAUUGCAAGAUGCCAUCUGCUGAGAACACUUCAAGGGUAAGACCUGUUUUCUCCGGUGGUCAGGAAUCCCCAGAUGCUUUUCUGCCUCCAUCAGUGCCUGAAGCCUCAGCCACAUACCAGAACCCCCUUAUCUCUCACAGCCAAAAACGUCCUACACCUCAGCCCCUGAUUUCCCCCUCUCUACCUUCUUUAGAGGCACCCAUUCCCAGGACCAGGCAGAAAGGGAGUCCACAAGCUGUAGAGACUCCUUUGUCCUCAGAGCUGGAGCUUCUCCACCCAAAACCUAAAGUCAGGCCCCGAGGAUCUUCUAGAGUGACACCCUCUUCAGUUUCCUCUACUGCCCUUGAGCCCCACCCUCCAGCCCCUACAGACCAGCCUGUCAGCACUGAGCCCACAUCUUGGGUUACUCGGGGCAAGACACGUAGGUCCUCUGUCAGGACCCCUGAACCAGUUGAACCUACAGCCCCUGAGCUCCAGCCUUCCACUUCCACAGACCAACCUGUCGCCCUCAAGCCCACAUCUCGGGUCACUCGAAGCAGGACACGUAGGUCCUCUGUCAAGACCCCUGAACCAGUUGAACCCACAGCCCCUGAGCUCCCACCUUCCACUUCCACAGACCAGCCUGUUGCCCUCAAGCCCACAUCUCAGGCCACUCAAGGCAGGACACGUAGGUCCUCUGUCAAGACCCCUGAACCAGUUGAACCCACAGCCGCUAAGCUCCAGCCUUCCACUUCCACAGACCAGCCUGUCUUCCUCAAGCCCACAUCUCAGGCCACUCGAGGCAGGACAUGUAGGUCCUCUGUCAAGACCCCUGAACCAGCUGAACCCACAGCCUGUGAGGUCCAACCUUCCACUUCCACAGACCAGCCUGUCACCCCUGAGCCCGUAUCACAGGCCAUUCGGGGCAGAACACUUAGGUCCUCUGUCAGGACUCCUGAACCAAUUGAAUGCACAGCCCCUGAGCUCCAGUGUUCCACCUUCACAGACCAGCCUGUCACCUCCAAGCCCACUCGGGGCAGAACUCAUAGGUCUUCUGUCAAGACCUCAGAGCCACUUGUCCCCACAGCCCCUGAGCUCCAGCCUUCCACCUCCAGACACCAGCCUGUGACCCCCAAGCCCACAUCUCGUGCUACUCGAGGCAGGACAAAUAGGUCCUCUGUCAAGACCCCUGAACCAACUGAACCCACAGCCCCUGAUCUCAAGCCUCCCACCCCUACAGACCAACCUGUCACCUCCGAGCCCAUAUUAUGGGCCACUCAAGAUAGGACACACAGGUCCUCUGUCAAGACUUCUGAACCAGUUGAACCCACAGCCCUUGAAUUCCAGCCUUCCACCUCCACACACCAGCCUUCCACCUCCAAAGACCAGUUUGUUACCCCCAAGCCCACAUCUCGGGCCAAUCAGGGCAAGACACAUAGGUUUUCUGUCAAGACCGCUGAACCAGAUGUCCCCGUAUCCUCUGAUCUCAAGCCUCUUGACUCCAUAGAUCAGCCUGUCACCCUUGAGCCCAUAUUACGGACCACUCGGGGCAGGACACGUAGGUCCUCUGUUAAGACCCCUGAACUAGGUGAACCCACAGCCCUUGAGUUACAACCUUCCACCUCCAAAGACCACCCUGUCACCCCUGAGCCCAUAUCACGGGCCACUCGAGGAAGGACACCUAGGUCUUCUGUCAAGACCCCUGAAUCAGUUGAACCCACAGCCCCUGAUCUCAAGCCUCCCACCCCCGCAGACCAACACGUCACCCCUGAGCCCCUAGCUCAGGGUAGUCAGAGCAAGACACUAAAGUCUUCCACAGUAAAUGCUGUGCCAGUUCCUAUAACCCCUGAAUUCCAGUCUCCUGUCCCCACAGACCAGCCUAUUCCCCCUGAGCCCAUCCCUCAAGCCAGCUGCAACAGGAGACAGAGGGCCACUAGGAAGCAUGAGUCCCUCACAGCUCCCAUUGUCCAUGAACCCUGCUCUGUACCCCCUGAACCUAAAUCCCAGUCCUCAAGGAGCCAAAGACAAGGAGCAGUGAGAGCAGCUGAGUCCCUUAGGACUCCUGAGCCUUCCUGUCCCCAACUUCUUGAGGCACCCACUUAUGCUCCCCAGUUCCAAAAGAUAGAGGCAGCAGGUAGAUCUGGGUUCACCCCAGAGCCCCAGCCUAAGGCCUCUCAAAGCCGCAAAAGGACUUUAGCUACCAUGGAUUCACCUCCACCUCAAAAACGAACCCAAAGAGGGCCAGUCCCCCAGAAGACAGAGCUCCUCAAGGAAGAAGAAGAAGAAGACACUGCAGAGAGGCCAGGGAAGAAAGAGAACAUAGUGAUUCCAGGACCAGGCAAGAGAAAGAGAGACCAGACAGAGGAGGAGCCCAAGGGAACACUGAGCCGCAACCUCCGACGGACCAAACCUAACCAAGAGUCAGCAGCCCCCAAAGUGCUCUUCACAGGAGUGGUGGAUGCUCGUGGAGAGCGGGCCGUGCUGGCCCUGGGCGGAAGUCUGGCCGGCUCAGUGACAGAGGCUUCACACUUGGUCACUGAUCGAAUCCGCCGGACAGUCAAGUUCCUAUGUGCUCUGGGGCGGGGGAUCCCCAUCCUCUCCCUGGACUGGCUACACCAGUCCCACAAGGCUGGUUGCUUCUUGCCCCCGGAAGAAUAUGUGGUGACCGAUCCUGAGCAGGAAAAGAACUUUGGCUUCAGCCUUCGGGAUGCCCUGAGGCGGGCUCGAAAGCGAAGGCUGCUGGAGGGCUAUGAGAUUCAUGUGACCCCUGGAGUCCAGCCGCCACCACCUCAGAUGGGAGAGAUCAUCAGCUGCUGUGGAGGCACUCUCCUGCCCAAUAUGCCCCGGUCCUAUAAGCCUCAGAGAGUUGUGAUCACAUGCUCCCAGGAUUUCCCUCGAUGCUCCAUUCCCUUUCGGGUUGGGCUGCCCCUCCUCUCACCUGAGUUCCUGCUGACAGGAGUGCUGAAGCAGGAAGCCAACCCAGAGGCCUUUACCCUCUCUACUUUGGAAAUGUCAUCCACCUGAAAACCCCAGUGCCCUUUUCCCUCCCAGACCUGUAAAUAAAGUGUUAGAAAAUACUGGGAAGAAAGAACCCAGGGCUUUAGAAAUAAUUGGGGUGUAUUGAUACAACUUGUCCUGGAGCAUAGGUGGGAUGGAAAGGCUUAGGGGUAGACGGAAAGAUAGGGAGAUUGGAAACCAUAAAUUUUCUAAAAUGACCAUUUAAUCCUUAGAAUCUUAAGUGGAUGUUCAUUUUCGGCCAGACUAACCUGGUUAUUGCUCCUUGACACACAUGGAAGGCCAUAUUGCUUCCUCUUUUCUUACUGGCAUUCUUACUCAUCCUCCAAAAGAUGAGUAGAUUCGAGGGUAGAGUUUUGGAAUGCUACUAAAAUAUUUUCCUCUCUCCUGGCACAACCUGGUUAGAAAUGUCCUUUAGCUUUGACUUUGAGCAAGUCUCUGCACUGUUCUGCCUGCAUUUCCAGUAUUUAUAAAAUAAAAGCUUAAGCUUGACCUUUGUGAUAAAUAAAUAUUCACUCUGUGCCUUAUGGUGUGAGGUUUUUCUUUAAUGUCUGGUUCUUAAGAGACAAACUUUUUUUUUUUAAAUAGUUAUGGACUUGUAUUUAAUUUAUCAUCUUCUAUUUAGAGAAAAUUAUAUUUCUUAAAUUUUAAAAGUUGGUUGAUUUUGAGGAUGUGGAGAAAUUGGAACCCUCAUACAGUGCUAGUUGGUAUGUGAAAUGGUUCAGCCACUGUAGGAAACCAUUUGGGGGCUCCUCAAAAAGUUAAACAUAGAAUUAAUUACCAUAUAAUCCAGGAAUUCCACUCUUAGGUAUAUACCCAAAAGAACUGAAGCCAUGCUCAAACAAAUACUUAUAUAAGAAUAUUCACAGCAGCAUUAUUCACAAUUGCCAGAAGGUGGAAACAACCCAAAUGUUCAUCAACAGAUGAAUGGGUAAACACAUUGUGGUAUAUAAAUAAAA